AUGUUGCGUGUUGAAGAUACCGUCAAACUCUCUCACCCUCUCCGGAGCCAGACGAGCAUGGAGGAUGACAUGACAAUUGCAACUACCACACCUGGAUCGAGCUUUUCGUCCGCUAGCUCAACCCAGAGCGCCCCCUCGAGUAUCGAUGACGAACCGGAAUAUAUCAAACAGAAGGCGAAGGCUGCAAGAGAAGCAAACUCCGAGGUUCGCAAAGCGACACUCAAACAAUUGACACCAGAAGAGACUAUUGAGUUGACUCGACAAGCAGUCGAAAAUGGUAUCCAAGAUACGAAGCGAUCAUUAGCUGGGAGCGAAGCAGUGAGUGAUGUGGUGCGGCCGAAAUUGACCAUCGAUCUCGGCCAUUCAUGUAUUGGACAAAUUCCUGAGGGUGUUGUUGACAUCAUUAAGGAUGAAGUUGAAAGACUUUCUUUGUCAAACAACCAGCUACUCCAUAUUCCGUACCGCUUUGCAGAAUGUGCCCACCUUCGAUAUCUCAACAUACGCGCAAACAAUUUCCGAGAGUUCCCAAAAGGGAUAUAUAAAUUACCUCUGCUAGAAAUCUUAGAUCUCAGUCGCAACAAAAUCAGCAGAAUUCCCGAUGAAGUGCGAAAACUUACAUCUCUACGCGUCUUUUCUAUCAUGCAAAAUCGCUUGGACGAUCUUCCCUCAGGUGUUGCGGAUAUGAACAAAUUACAGAUCCUGAAAGUGUCGGGAAACUUUCUUAAAUAUCCUCUAAGGAGAGUUUUGGAGAAUAAGGAGAGCGAAGUAGCUCCGCUGCCAAUGUCGACGAAUGAGAAGGAAGCAUUGGUCACCGCAGAGUUGAAGCGCUUUCUAAAGACCAGACGACAAAGCACAACGCCCGAGCCAGAAAGUGGUAGCGAAGCUAGUGAGCCAAUGCCCACUCUUGACACACCUAAACCUGUCAAGCGUGGAGGUAAUAGCCGAUUUCCUGUUAUACCUAGUACUAGCGAUGGCUCGUCAGACCCUCGAUCGCCGAAUCUUUCGAGACCACCACCCAUCCCUAUGAGAUCACACCAACGGCUGGCGUCGGGCCAGUCAUCUUUUCAGCCGGGGUUUUCAAGGCCCGCCAUUGCGCCUGUUCCUGGAGCUAACGAGAGAAACCGCAGCAACAGUGAAGGCAUCAUACCCCUCUCGACGCGAAACAAGCGAAUGGGUCUCAUCUCCAGAAGAACAGAUCUUGGCACACUAGAAGAAAUGAGACCAUAUCGUAAUAGCCACUUGCGAGGUCUCAGCCAUGGCUCUCUUCUGAGAACCAACUCAUCCAGCGGACGAAAUGGUAGCGCCUCCUCCAGUCCCGGAAGUCCUCACGGUGAACGCAGGCGAGCACGCGAUGGCCCAUCUCGACGCAUGUCGAGUCUACCGGAACAUAAGGAGGAAACGGCGCUUACUCCGAUUGUGACAGGAGCCAAAGGAAUCUUGUUCUCAUUGUUCCAGAUCCAUUCUCAUAUGUCCACUCUGAUCAAUGUAAUCAAGGGUGACGAUGCGCGACGGCACAGUCUAGAAAUCGUUUUUUAUAAUGCGUCAACGCACGUGGAACAACUCAACGAAGCGUUAGAGACUAUCGUCGACAUGGAUCCAGAUAAUAGAGACUUCUCAAGACUCUCAAGCGACGUCAAGCGUGAAUGUGUGACUUGUCUAAUGGCAUACACGCAUGUAGGAGCGCAGCUUCGUCAAGGGGCUCGGAGGAUUGUUGAGCAAGGCGAUCCCCGGUAUGUUCGCUCACUUAUGUUAGUGAUAUAUGGCAGUCUCCUGGAAUUGCGCAAUGCUUGCAUAAGUCUUGGAGCAUCAUCGUUAGCCACCCGAAAAGAGCGUAAGACCUUACGCAACAAGCCGGCCGAUCUUGGAGGUGAACAAGUACAGAUUUUGUCCGACGGUCUGCCGGCGGUUGCAGUCACUCCGACAAGAGAAUCAACUCAGCCAACGCGCCGAUUCCGAAGCGAUACUAUGAUUCAACAUCCCCAAAGCGGCCCUAUAUCUUCAACACCUAAUAUGGGGUGGCAGAUCACGACAGCCUCCCCCAGUGCGACAACACCGAGUUCAACAACGAUGAUGUUCGGAAGUCGAAGUCGAUCCAACAGUCGGGCAGCUACAGCACUGAGUUCGACCGCUGUAUCGUCUCUGGCAACACCUCGUUCUGGCGAAGCUUUCCCACCUAUUCCUAACAUGCCAGGUACCAGAAUCAAUCCUGUCACGGGACUAGACGAGUUUGUUGAAGAGCAGAUCUUCGAGAAGAUUUUCAAGCAACUCACAGCAGCGUACAAUGCUGCUCUCCAUGCUUUACCUUCUGCCAGGCAUCAAUUCUCCCGGUGUCUUGAGAUUGCUGAGACGACAAGGGAGCCGGAGGAAAUUCGUAUAAUGUGGAACAACCUCAUUCGCCGAUGCAAUGCUUGCUUUGAGAGCUCAGAAGCAUUAGGACAAAAGCUGUUAACAAUGAAAGUCAAGGAACCCGGAGGUGGAGCCAGAAAUCAAAAGGACUUUUGGCAAUUAUGCAAGGUGUUUAUGCAGUCAUUUGUCGACUUGGUUACCGAUAUGCGCGAAGUGAGAAACAUGCAACUCCUGCCACCGGACAUUGUCACGAUCCUACGUCCUGUACAAAAGGCCAGCAGAGAAGCAGGACGAUUAAUCGAGACAUCGCCAUGGUCCUAUUUCGCAGAUGUGCCCGCCGCCCCUCAUAUCCCCUAUGUUUAUGGCCCUCCCUUACAAACAAGCCAACAUCAUCCAUCCUCAUCAGCACCGGCACCGUAUCUCAGUUCGAGUAGCAGACUCCCCGGCGCAUCACCGCAAUCUUCAGCUAUGCCUGCGACUCCUCUGAGUGCAGCAUUGGGACCUGCCGUUCAAGCGACGAUACCAUCUACUCCUGCCAGUGCUUAUAGUGAUCGAUUCUUUGCUGGAGAUGUCUUUCAGCGAGCAGAUACGUUGUUGUCGAUGCAGAAUCAGGCUCCGUACCUAUAUCGCCGGUGAUAUUACAGUCUUAUUUCUGCCAUGACCGCGAAGUAUAUUCGCUUCCCUCUGCUGGGUUAGAAGCGAACAUUUACAUAUACAAUCGCCCAAUGUUAUAUAUAGGAGAUAUCUGCACACCCUCAUUUAUCCAUUCAUCGUCCACCCAACCCGUCAAGCGUUGAUCACAUGACUGGUCGAAUGGACCUGGACCACAUCAAUCUAUCAAACAUCUAUCCGAUCCAAAAUGAAAAGUCUAUGUAUUUCACGAGCACUAUCAUCCGGAGUCUCUUUUUCCUGCUUCAGGUCUCUACCUAUCUGGCAUGUUAAAUCAUCCCAUUGUGAGAUGUUCUUUUUUUUUCUUCUUUUUUUUGGGUUUGCAUUUUGAGCGUUGUCAUUGAUCUCUACGUUUCCUUUUGAAAGUUCUGGUUGAUCAAAAUUUCCUGUCGUGUAUUUCCAGCAUGGAGUUCUUGUAUGUGUGGAUAUAUAUCGAUUUCAAAAUACCUUCAGACAGAUACAGAAAUACUGAGAUGGUUCGCACAGUCUGACAGGCAGCUGGUCCAAGUUUAGAUGCGUAUCACGGCGUCAACUUAGGCAAUCCAUGCCUGGGAGAACACGUAGUAAGAUAUGCAGAUAAUCUGCAUUUCAUCGGCUGAAGCACCGUCAGAAAAAAAUUUUCUUCUCUUUUUCCAGGCACAUGUCCACGGGAUUGAGUUGUUGUCACUGUUGUUAACAAAGUGAGGCGACCAAGCUCAGACGUGGCAGGCGGAGUACGACUGGUCCAGAAGGGGCAGCCUCCAUCCUCGCCUUCGCACUGAACACGUGCCACCAAAUGGCAAACACUAGUGAAUUGUGAUUCUCACUGUAUGUACCUCAUUGUAGACUGUUGAUGGCAUAGGUUAAUAACACGUGAA